AGAACUCUCAAGCCUAACAGAGCCAAAAAAACGUGCUAGAGGAUGGAGUGUGGAGGGAACAGUUUGUGGGGCUGGAGAGUACUGCUAGUGACUGCGUAUGAUAGUAUAUGAGUUGGCUGUGAAACAGAUUUUGUUAGGAAAUGAAGGAGAGGAAACUGCAGGACAUGCACUGGGAGUUUAAAAGACUGGCUUUUUAUAGUGUUGGGAUAACCUAAACAGAGUAAAAAGUUUUCUGAGGACCUGGCUUUCAGUGCCAAGCCAAUCUAAUCUGUAAAUCUCCUGCUGUCAAAGCUUCACUACCUUAAAUCAAGUUAUAGCUGCUAGACUGCAUGUUCCUCCAAUGCAACAGCCAUGUACGCUAUCAUCAAAGCUUUCCAGGUGCUUGAUCUUACACUCUCAUGCAUUAAGUCCUACACUCCAUCUGUGUUCUCCCCAGAGAGUUUCUCAGGUAAUGGGAGGUGCCACUAUAGCUAGUGCCCAGGGAGGCUGACAGAACUUCCUCAAGCCCAAAGCUUUCUGUUGUGUCUGUUGCUGAUGAGUACUUCAAACAGACUCAAGAUGCUUAGGAAGACCUUCUCAUGCCAAGGGAGAAGUACAAGUGCAGCAGCACCCAGGGAAGAACUGAACUGAGAACACAUGAAAUACACUGUGCUGUUCUUAGCUGCAGAGCAAAGAGAGUCUGCUAUGCCAACACAGAAAGCCAUAACUGAGUUCAACUUUCUUAUCUGCAACAGCUGUGAAGGCACUGUGUCACCUGGCAGGGCUCCUGGCAGACACGGCAAGCAUGGGGACUAGGAAAGGGAGCAUGUGGGACAUGUGUUCCAAGGACAGGGCAAAGAAGUUAGGACAAGCCUGGGGAUGAGUUAAGUGACAAAGAGGUGCCACUGGAUACAAUUUCCUAGCAAUUAAGAACCUCCAUGCUCCAACAUUCCGUGCCCAGCAGCCAGGACCUAGUGGUGUGGAGCUGCUGGGAUGAACACAAUUUCAUGGUACAUGGAAAAGCUGUCAUCAAGAUUCUUGCCAGCAAACAGCAACGAAUGUAGGUUCUCCGAUUCACUUAACAGCCAGAGCUGGAGGUUCUUAAAAAGUGGCCUGGAUGAUUUCAGAAGCGGCUUCCCUCCUCCAUCUGAUAACACCAUCAUCCGAGGCAGAAAGGGGCUUUCCCCCAUCAUUCUACAGAGCAGAUCCCACCUGUCUCAACAAAGGGCAGGGAAAACAUCUGUUAAACCCACGUGCAAGCUCAAGUCAGAGGUGGAAGCCAGGAAGGAGUUCACAAAUGACACUAAUAAUCACCUAAGCCACUGCCCUCAGUUACUGCAUUCUCAUUUGAAUGACCGCAUCUUUCCAAAGCCCUCCAGCUCCUCCUGUCUUGGGGCAGGGCAACACGAGCCAAAGGCACGAAAGACACUUGCUUCCCUGAAAAUGUGCCAGAUGACAGAGGUCUUAAGUGGACAGUGCUGGAGGAGAUGCAGAGACAGGCUGCAGGUCAGUAGCUCAGCUUCACCUUCCCUUAGUCCUGCUGAAAGCCUUGGCACCAUGGUGGCUUGAGCACACACACUUACUGGAUUUUACUGUGCUACAAUAAACAAAGUUAAUCAGCUGUUCGGGUAGGCAGGUCUCCAGCUUGCCUCUGAGUACAGCUGGUCACAGCUGCUCAUGGCAACACUGCGUUCAAUUAUUUGCAGCAUUUUUUUCAAAACAAAAGUGGUGCUGAAAAAAAAAAUACUAGGGGUGGGGGGGUGAGAAUGCUCCCCAAGAACCUACUGCAGUACCUGCCCAUCUCCACCUUCCUCAGAAGGCAAGCAGCACAGCACACUUGCGCUGCUCCUAGGCCUGUGCAUCUUGCAGAAUCUAGCUCCCUGUCAGCGCUUGAGGACCAGCCCCUGUUCAGUGUUGUACUCUGUUGUGCCUGCUGGACUCAGUUUUGAGAAUUUAAUAUCUCGUGCCUACAAGCAGCACUGGUCACUAAUAUGAGAACCAUUAAGCUAGAACUUCAGUGUAGGCAGCAAUACAGCAUAGGUUAGCUGUAUCCCUUGACACUGCAGCAAGAGUGAAAUAGGGAAUACUUCAGUAAAGCAAAAAAUCACACCCUCAACCACAUGACCCGAGUCUCAGGAUAAAGUCACUGCAUGGCAUGUUAAACACCAAUUGCUGGUCACAUCUCAUAUUUUCCUCUAAUGUAAUUGGGUGGGAAGGGAUUCUAUGCUUUCUCCUGCCAUCAGACCAAAGCAGCACAUGAGUAAGUGACCGCUGACAUCCUCUUGCAAUCAUGACACUCAAGAAAGAGGAAAUUGCAAGAACAGUUUCAGAAUAGGGCAUGUAGAUUUGAUGUCAGCAGUAUUUCAAGGCAUGUGAAAGAUUCCUACGGUUCCCUUAUUUAUAUUCCUGGCUUCUUAUUUUAGGUAAGAGAAAUAAGUAACAGCAACAAAGAUAACCCCGUGCAACUGUGUGGUACCAGAUCUGUAAUAUGCUGUGUUUGGGUGGGGGAGAUAAGCACUUUAUCACCAGAGUUUAUAGAAUAUUUGGGAAAAUCCUUUUGCAAAUGAGUUGUAAAGGGUUCUCAAAAGGUGACCAGAUGAGGCUACCCAGAAAGAAAAGCAGAGUCAGGGGACUGGGAGCUUCAUUUAGAAUCCAAUCACAUGAGUUAUAAUAUAGUAUAAGUGCUUGCAGCUUUCAGGGAAUUGUUAUCUUCUCAAAGGGAGCACAAACAAUCAUAUUCAGAAAUUUAUGCAGAUAUUUGGCAUAAAUCAUCUCCUGAAGAUUAAGAGUAUCUUAACUUCCUAAGAAUGAAAUACUUGCACUCAGUGAUGUAUGAAGAAGUGUGAAAGAAUAGAUAGGCAACCUGAGGUGAGAAAAGUACUUGUCAAAAGAAAGGUCAUUUAGGACCCGUACGACUUGUUUCUGUUCCUCUCUUCUGCAAGUCCUUGGCUCAUGUGAUACUUCAUGUAGACCAAUUGCAGACAAAGCUCAGCAAAGUCUUUCCUCAGAAAGGCAGAUUAAAUUUUGCCCGGCACCUUAAGAAUCCAAGGGAAUACCUAAGAUGGUGUAAAGAACACAUUUUUAUGAGGCAGGUGAAGACACCAGUGACAAGGCUCUAAAGCAUCCUUCAGUUAUGACACACAGCUUCGCUUUACAGUGAUUAAUAUCACAUCUAGGCUAAAAGAAUGCACCUAGGAUGCUCCCAGAUGAAAAAGAUGUUUGCUUGUAAUUCUUGCCCACACGGGUAAUGUGCUGUAAGAGAGUGUAAAAUUAUAUCACAGUCUACACCAGUGUUCUGCUGAGACUCCUCACAGGAGCUGCUCUUUUCCAGGAGUAAAAAACCCCACAUUUCUGGCAUUUUCUCACUUUUCCUGUCUGACUUUUCCUGUCUGACAAAAAAUACAAGAUUAUACUACAACCUAAAACACAAAUGCAUAUAUUCUUUUUUAUCACAAAACUGAAACCUGUGU